AUGUCUGCUCAAGCCGACGUCGAAAUGCAAUACCAAGCACCGACGCAGAUGGAUCCAGCUGCGACGAGCGAUACCAGCUCGACAGCCCAAAAGACUUGUGCGAAAGAGCAGCCGAAGCGUACAUUUCUGGGCAUGCGCGGAGGUGGGAUCAUCUUCGAUUUGUGUGCUUGCUUCAUCUGUUGCGAGUGCAGAGGAGAGAAUGUGGAAUUCAAGCACAGCUUGAGUACUUCGGCAGACUCGUGA